UCCACAAACAUCUCUGCACGACGAACGAUUUGAAUCUUAUGAUAAAAUUGCUUUUGCGAUUCUGAACAUAAGAUAUUAGUUGAAGUUGCGCGGACCGGUUCCCGAAAAGAACAACAAACUUUACAUACCAUUUUAACGACCAAUCUGCGCGCUUGUCGUCACCCAGCUCAAGCAAUUCAAUAUCAACCACCAAAUCAACAACAAACCAUCAAAAUCACCAUACGUUAGAAGGAACACAAUGGACACAAAUAUGGAAGAUGUAGGCAGGGUGCCUUCGCCCACGAGAUUAUCUCCAGCAGCAGAACCUGCAUCUAUACCAACUCUCGAUGGGUGGAUUGAGAACUUGAUGACAUGCAAGCAACUGGCCGAGGUAGAUGUUCAGAGGCUUUGCGAUAAGGUAUUAUUGUUUGCGGAUCUAGUCGUAUUGUAAGGCUUGAUUGAUAUAAGCAAGCUAACCAAGAACACGUUGCCAGGCACGAGAGGUAUUGCAGGACGAGUCAAAUGUGCAGCCGGUGGUAUGCUUGCCCUUUUCGUGUUGAAAUUCAAAGAGCUGAUCAACGGUUUAGAAAUGUCCUGUUACUGUCUGCGGAGAUAUUCAUGGGCAAUUCCAUGAUCUAAUGGAGCUCUUCAGGAUCGGUGGACCAAACCCAGAUACUAAUUAUUUAUUCAUGGGUAUGUCUCCUAUCCCUUACUCCCGUUUCCCUGGCAUUACUGACACGUUAUCAUAGGUGAUUAUGUUGAUCGAGGUUAUUACUCAGUCGAAACCGUCACUCUUUUAGUCGCUCUUAAAAUAAGAUACCCCCAAAGAAUUACCAUCCUCCGUGGUAACCACGAAUCCCGUCAAAUUACCCAAGUUUAUGGCUUUUACGACGAGUGCCUCCGAAAAUAUGGAAAUGCAAACGUUUGGAAGUAUUUUACCGAUCUCUUCGAUUACCUUCCCCUCACCGCCCUCAUCGACAACCAAAUCUUUUGUCUUCACGGAGGUCUUUCUCCCAGCAUUGACACGUUGGACAACAUCAGAGCUCUCGAUCGUAUACAAGAAGUGCCACAUGAAGGUCCAAUGUGCGACUUGCUAUGGUCGGAUCCAGAUGACAGAUGUGGGUGGGGAAUAUCUCCUAGAGGAGCGGGUUAUACUUUCGGUCAAGAUAUUUCGGAGGCAUUCAAUCAUAAUAACGGAUUAACUUUGGUCGCAAGGGCCCAUCAACUGGUGAUGGAAGGAUAUAAUUGGUCUCAAGACAGGAACGUUGUUACGAUCUUCUCAGGUAUGAUUAUUUCUUUUAGUUGGACAGUGUAUAUGAUGUUGACUACAAUAGCCCCCAAUUACUGCUACAGAUGUGGUAAUCAAGCAGCAAUUAUGGAGAUUGAUGAGCACCUUAAAUAUACUUUGUAAGUGCCAGCGUUAACCCUUUUGGAAUCCCACCUUCUAAUAUGAUCUAGCCUACAAUUCGACCCUUGCCCAAGAGCUGGAGAGCCUAUGGUAUCACGUCGUAAGUAUUCCAUGAAUUUAAAUGUCAAUCUUGUGGUCGCUUUACUGACACAAUACAAGGUACACCCGACUACUUCCUCUAGAUAGAUAGAGUAACUAAAAACGAUCAACUUUGACAUGCGAUAUUGCGUUACAACGAUUGGAACAGAAGCAAUGAACAUUCUGUUUUCUGUAUGUGAGGCUCUAUGGCAUCCUUUGGAAGCAGCAUUCUAAUUGGUAUUGCCUACGAAUAAUACAUUGGUGGCCUAAUCCGGAAUGCAUCCAACUUUUGUAGACUUGCAUUAGACUACUUAUUAUACCAAAUGCAAAAAAGCAGUUGAGGAUAUUUUGUUUUUAAGGGGGAGCCAGCGUU